AUGUACCUGUGGGGAGAUGAGGGUGUUGCCGCUUCACUAACAGGUCACUCCUCUGUCAUGAUGGAGUGCUGCUUUGCCUUUUUUUUCGUUCGUUUUUUUUCCCUUUUGCCCUCCGAACUUUUCUUCCUGCCGAGAGCUCUUGAGAGUGUUGUUUUCCAGUGA